CGGCUGCCAGCAGCGCUGCUGGGGCGCGCACCCUCCCGUGGUCCGGGAGCCACGCGAACUCCGUGCCUGCACGCGCCAGCCCCAGCUCGCGCCUUUCUCAGUGUCCCGGGUGCCCCCCUUCUCCGCCCCUCUUCAGGGCUGCUGCAGACCGAGUUGCAACAUGAAUCUGCGACUCUGCGUGCAGGCGCUGCUGCUGCUCUGGCUCUCCUUGACUGCGGUGUGUGGAGUGCCACUGAUGCUGCCUCCAGACGGGAAGGGGCUAGAAGAAGGCAACAUGCGCUACUUGGUGCAGCCCAGAGCUUCAAGGACUGGACCUGGGCCCUGGCAGGGAGGCAGGAGGAAAUUCCGCAGACAGCGCCCCCGUCUCUCCCAUAAGGGCCCCAUGCCUUUCUGAAUCAGGAUUGAAGAGCUCACCAUGUCCUGCCUGGUGCUGUUGUCUCUACUCCACAGAUUCGUUCUCUUCUCUGGAACCUUCGCAUCCAUUUGGCUCUCGUCUUGCACCUGUUAUAGCUGCCAAUGGUCCUGGCUAUUCU